UAUAUUAUAAAAGAAAGUGUUAAUCUCUGGUUAAUUCUAUCAACUUGUCUUGGUAACGGCCUGAUUUCUGUUUUUCUAGAGGAAACAACUUUCCUGCUGUCAUCGCAAAACAAUAUGGCUGAUGAAAGAUCUGAAGAACAGAAGAGAAUUGACGAAUGGCUUCCCGUAACUUCUUCAAGGAAUGCAAAAUGGUGGUAUUCAACAUUCCACAAUGUCACUGCUAUGGUUGGAGCCGGUGUCCUCAGUCUUCCUUAUGCUAUGGCUGAACUUGGAUGGGGACCUGGUGUAACGGUGCUGGUGAUAUCUUGGGUUAUUACUUUGUACACUUUAUGGCAAAUGGUUGAGAUGCACGAAAUGGUUCCAGGGAAACGUUUCGAUAGAUAUCAUGAGUUGGGCCAAUAUGCUUUUGGGGAAAAACUGGGGCUAUGGAUCGUCGUGCCCCAACAGCUAAUUGUAGAAGUUGGUGUUGACAUUGUUUAUAUGGUGACUGGGGGAAAAUCACUCAUGAAGGUCCAUGAUUUAUUGUGCAAAAACGAUUGCACAACUAUGAAACUUAAACACUUCAUCAUGAUCUUUGCCUCUGUCCAUUUUCUCCUCGUCCAUCUUCCCAACUUAAAUUCCAUAUCUGGUGUGUCUUUGGCCGCUGCUGUCAUGUCUUUAAGUUACUCUACAAUAGCCUGGGCGGCUGCAACUAAGAAGGGCGUGCAGUCGGAUGUGGAUUAUAGCUUAAGCGAGAAAACCAAUUUGGGAGCUGUUUUCAACUUUUUCAGCGCGUUGGGAGAUGUGGCUUUUGCUUACGCGGGUCAUAAUGUGGUGUUGGAGAUACAAGCUACGAUUCCUUCAACACCCGAGAAGCCUUCUAAAGGACCAAUGUGGAGGGGUGUCGUUGCUUAUAUCAUUGUUGCUGUGUGUUAUUUCCCUGUUGCUCUUAUUGGCUAUUGGGUGUUCGGGAAUUCAGUGCAAGACAACAUUCUCAUCUCUUUGAAUAAACCUACUUGGCUCAUUGUCAUGGCUAACCUAUUUGUUGUUGUCCAUGUUAUUGGGAGCUAUCAGGUCUUUGCGAUGCCUGUGUUUGACAUGGUUGAGACCAUGCUUGUUAAGAAACUUAGGUUCAGGCCUACUUGGUACUUGCGAUUUAUUACGAGAAACAUCUAUGUUGCUUUAACAAUGUUUAUCGGAAUGGCCGUCCCUUUCUUUGGUGGACUUUUGGGAUUCUUUGGAGGAUUUGCUUUUGCCCCAACAACUUAUUUUCUUCCCUGCAUUAUGUGGCUUGCUAUCUUCAAACCAAAGAGGUUCAGUCUCUCUUGGAUUAUUAACUGGAUUUGCAUAAUUUUGGGAGUUCUGUUGAUGAUUUUAGCACCAAUUGGCGCCAUGAGAUCCAUCAUCUUACAAUCCAAGGGCUUCAAAUUUUUCGCUUAGGGGAAGAUUUAAUCUGUUUCUUAAAUUGAAGUUUGUUUUAUCCUAAAUUAUAUUUGAUGAAUUCUUAGCAAGGAUGCUUUUGUGUGUAGUUACCAAAAAAAAAAAAAGGAUGCUUUUGUGUGUUUCGACUUUGCACUUUUUAUAGUACAAAUUUUCACAAAUCAAUGUCUGUGUUAUGAUUAAUAUUUAUGAUUAUGAACAUCUAGCUAGCUAGUUUGCAGUUGACAUUCUUGGCCGGGUUCCUUUUCAGUUUGUGAACUUGCAGUUGAAACGUAAUGUAUGUAACUCAAACAAGUGUACAACGGCAUCGAUCAUUUGUAUCGAUGUCUUUUAUUGCUAUAGGUAUAUGUUAAUUUAGAUAACAUUGUAUACGGUAAAAACCGGAUAUGCGUUGAACCGGUGGGACCUGGAACCUAGGGAAGAAGGGGACAAGAACGUGCAUGAAGACUUUCGUUCUGAAUCGGAGGAACGCCCAAACCGAGGCCAAGGUCGGGGCAUCAUUUGGUCCGGUUUCCUUCAUGGCCGAGUUGGUCGUUGCCGUUGGUCCGUUUGGUCGUUGCCGUUAGUCCGUUUGAUCGUGGCCGGCGGUCCGGGAGAUCCGUUGCGCGGUUGCCACGCAUCGAUA